AUGUUCUCCAAAUCUCUGACUAUUGCAACCCUUGCUCUCGCAACUGUUGUCACAAGUCAAACUACGACUCGUUGUCAACCACUAGAGAAGGUGUGCCCUGCUGACCCUGCCUUUGGCGGCAAGGCCGAUUGCGACUUCACCAAGGGAGCUUGCUCUUCGUUCUCGGAACUUGACGGUACCAAGCUUUCGUACAAGGAUAAUGGCGCCGUCUUUACCAUCCAGACUGAGACCAACGCUCCCACCAUCGAGACUGGGAAGUAUAUCUUCUUCGGCCGUGUCGACGUAGUCAUGCAGGCAGCUCCCGGAGCCGGCAUUGUUACCUCGGCUGUCUUGCAGUCAGAUGAUCUCGAUGAGAUCGAUUGGGAAUUCAUCGGCUCCGACAAUGCCCAGGUCCAGACUAACUACUUCAGCAAGGGUAACACUAGCACGUACGACCGUGGCAGGUACCACCCGGUUGGUAAUCCCACUGGCUCCUUCCACACGUACACCGUCGAGUGGACUUCCAAGCAGGUCAACUGGAUGAUUGACGGCCAGAGCGUCCGAGUGCUCGAGGCUGGCAAUACCGGCGGUCAGUUCCCCCAGACUCCCAUGCAGAUCAAGCUCGGAACCUGGUGCGCUGGUGGCAAGGACUCUCCCGAGGGCACUCGUACGUGGGCUGGUGGUUACACCGACUUCAAGCAGGCCCCCUUCAACGCCUAUUACAAGAGCAUCUCCAUCGUCGACUACGCCGGCAAGGACAGCCCCGCCAACGGUGGCAUCAAGGAGUACACCUACGGCGACAAGUCAGGCAGCUGGCAGAGCAUCAAGGUCGUCAAGGGUGAGGGCAGCAGUGAGCCUUCUUCCUCCGCUUCCGCCUCUGCGUCUACGUCUGCCUCUGCCUCUGCCUCUGCCUCUGCUUCUGCUUCCGCAUCUGGCUCCAAGGCUUCUUCUACCCAGGCCGAGACCGACUCCAGCAAGCCUUCCACCACCGAGGCCCCCGAUUCCGCCAAUACGUCUUCGCCUUCGGCCAACUCUACCAUCACCACUGCCUUCCGCUCUGCCUCGGUUUCCUCCAACUCCACCGCCAGCGCCACGCUCACCACUUCGAGGGGUUCCUCCAGCUCUGCUCCCACCACCGUCCCUACCACCGGCGUCCCAGGCGCCGCUCCUCGCAGUGCCGCCGCCAUUGGUGGUUCUCUCCUGGUGGGUGCUGGCAUUGCUGUGGCCCAGCUGUUCCUGUAA